AUGACUUGCAAAGCUAUUCUGCAGUGCAUAUUUUAUGUGGCCACAGCGGUUGCAACAGACAUCACUGUAAGCACAACCAGUGGUCGGAUUUCUGGAGCCGUUGAACCGACAUGGGGCAUAGCGAUCGCCCGCUUCCUCGGCAUUCCGUACGCAAAACCUCCCUUAGGUUCACUUCGGUAUCGACCGCCUGAACCAGCUUCGCCGUGGCAAGGAGUUCUAGAAACUAAAGAGUUUCGUGCUGCAUGCGCUCAAGCAAACGGAUCCUUUCCGCCUGAGACUCCCUGGCUUGUAGACAAGCGAAUCGUGAGUGAAGAUUGCUUGUUUCUUAACAUCUGGGCCCCACAGACAUGCACAAAAAGAAAAGCAAUUUUGAUAUGGAUCCACGGCGGCGGCUUCCGUACUGGCACGCCAUCGACAGAGCUGUACGACGGAAAACUGCUGGCAGCUGUCGGAGACAUUGUAGUAGCAAGCGUGGCAUAUCGUCUUGGAAGUACGGGUUUUCUCCACACUGGGGAGGACAGUUCACCUGGAAAUUACGGUCUGUUAGACCAGGAGCUAGCUAUUCAUUGGAUACGAGACAAUGCAGAAGUAUUUGGAGGUGACAGGUCUUCAAUAACGCUAUACGGCGAAAGCGCGGGCUCUGCCUCCGUAGGUCUUCAUCUUCUGGCGACACGAAAUGGAGGGAUUGUACGUCGUGCCAUUAUGGGGAGCUGGAGUCCUUACGGGCUAAUACCAUCACAGAACGAAGUUGGACGCGAGUUGGCCACAACGCUGGCGAAAGCUGCUGGAUGCGAGGGGGUUGGGGACGAUUGGAUCAAGGUCGUGUCAUGUCUACGGUCAGUUUCAAUUGAAGCCAUUUUAGGAGCAGAAGACACACAAUACCCUCAAGAUCUCGUUACUUUCAUGCCUUCGUACGGCAACGGCUACCUACCACUGUCAUUUCAGGAGACACUUCGGGACCCCAAUCUUGUCCCUAUUGAUGCCUUAUUGAUCGGCAUAACUGCAGAUGAAGGAAGCAUAUUCCUGUACACCAAAGACCCAGAACGUUUCAACAUGAAGAAUGAACCUGAAGGAUUGACCUACUCAGAAGCUCUCGCGUUGCUUGCCUGCCCCUACUAUCCUCGCUUGCCAAAAGCUUUGCAAAAUGCGACCACUGGCAUUUUUAAGGCUAGCGUCCAGGACGGAGAAGGAAUCCUUCAGUCGCUGAUAAACGCUGUUGGUGACCUCAUAAUGACGUGUCCAACACAGUUUUUUGCGGAAGCAUACGCAAGACUAAACUACCCGGUCUACUUCUAUGUGUUCGACCAUCGGUCAGUGAAAAGUCGCUUGCCUCCGUGGAUGGCCGCAGCGCACUUCACCGAGCUCCAGUACACCUUCGGUAUGCCGUUUCGGUUUCCAGAGCGCUACACAGAUCUGGAUCGGGAGCAGAGUAUGCUAAUGAUGGAACUUUUCACAGACUUCAUAAACACAGGAAGGCCGAUGUUACAAGAUGGCUCCGAAUGGCCCACGUACACGAAGGAAGACCCUUAUCAUGAGAAUCCUAACGUGAUUGCAAAAGACAUACGGUCUGCUGCACAAGAGAAAGUCGAGCCCCAUCUUGUGAAUAACGACGAAUCCAUGUGCAUCCCCGUGAAGACGGAGGGGGCAUUGUCCAACCUUUUGGACCAUCGCAAGGUCGCGGGUGUGCAUGUUGAAGUUAUCAUUCCGCCGUCGUAUGUGAAAAAGCGGGGUAAAAUUAACGAUGUUCUUCUCGUGUACACCAACGAUGACCUGGCUUGUUAUUUGGCAUCUGCGGCUGGCCUCAACGCUGCAGAAUUUGUGCCGGUACUCACAACUUGGACAACUGCACGGCUCGGCGGCAACCGAAGUGUGGCCCUAUCUACGGUGGCCCUCACAUUUUGUCGCAUUCUCAUUCUCCAUACGGUCAGACUAGUCAAUUGGAGCACCUUCCGAGAGUACAGCACGGGCUUGGUACAACCGGACAUGUCAGCUGAACAACUUACUGACGUGCUUAGUGCCUCCCUCCGCUCGUCAUCCUGA